AUGGCUGACGGUAAAGCUGGAAAGGACUCUGGAAAGGCCAAGACAAAGGCAAUCUCCUCCUCGCAGCAAGCUGGCUUGCAGUUCCCUAUGAGCCAUAUUCAUCGACACCUGAAAUCUAGGACAAUCAGCAGUGGACGUGUAGGCGCGACCGCUGCUGUGUACAGCGCAGCCAUGCUGAAGUACCUCACCGCAGAGGUCCUUGAGUUGGCAGGAAAUGCAUCAAAAGACUUCAAGGUAAGACAUAUUAUUAUCCCUCGUCAUUUGCAACUUGCUAUUCGUGGAGAUGUGGGAUUGGAUUCUCUGAUCAAGGCUACAACUGCUGCCGCUAGUCUCAUCCCACACACCCACAAACCUCUCAUGGGGGAGAAAGGACAACAGAAGACCUUCUAAGGAUGCCUGGAUUCCUCAUUAUCUCAUGACUUUAACUUUCCUUAGCAUCUGUCCAGUGUUGGUGAUUCCAGUGGACUGUAUCUCUGUGGAAAACACGAUUUUGCCCUUUUCUA